UCUGCUCAGUUUUAUAACGAAGUUUUUUUCUAUUAGUCAGUCCUACAGACAAUUUUCGUGAAUAAUAUCAAAUUUUUUCUGCUGUCAUUUUCCAAGUUGCGAAAGAACGAUGUCUGAAGCUUGGAAGAUAACGGAAUUAGAGAAGAAGAAAUGGAAACUAUUUCACGCAACGGAUUUCGUUUCGUUGAUGUAUCCUUGCCAUUUCAUCGCAAAUAUAUUCGGAAUUUUUCCUUUCAAAUGUGACUCUUCAGGAUAUACGUUUUCGAGAAGUCGUGUCAUUUAUUCAAUGAUCAUUUUCGCCACGUUUCUGAUUCUGGUAUUCUAUACAGGAUAUCAAAGUAAUUACACCGCAUCGCUAUCCAAUAAUCUACCAAAAAAACUGUAUCACAGUUUGUAUCUUAUCAUGGCUGAAAGCGCUGUCUUGUUAACGUACGGUCAAUAUAAAGCGAUACUACGCUUUCUUCAGGAGCUCACGGAGGCGUCCUCCAUGGUGGCACCAAAGGACUUCAACGACAUGGCGAAAUUCGUUCAUUCAAAGGAUAUUUUUGUAUUUUUAUUUCUCUUAAGUCACAUCUUCAAUUGCGUUAAAAGUGGAUACACGUUUGUAACAGUGCUAAAUUUUACCGCUCUUUUCAUGAUGUUGGUGAAUUUUAUCAUGGACAUGUUCUACAUUAACUCGGCGUGCGUUUUAAAAGCAUGCUUCAUGAAAAUUAACGAAGAUCUUGAUAAAUUUCGAAAACCCGCCACCAGGACAUUUCUGCGUCACAAACAGACGACUGCCUCGUUGCUGAUGAAAUUGAAAAAUUUAGAGGCGAAACAGCUGUAUGUCACGGAUAUUCUACAAUUACUGAAUAAAAUAUUUAUCACGCAACUCGUAGUUACAACGACCAAGAUUUUCACUGUUCUUACUUUUGAUUUGUACUUUUGUUUUUUACGGUUCAACGGUGGGGAAGUAGGUCAGAAAAAUUUAACCUUUUGGUACUGGCCCUAUAUUCCUCCUAUCGUAUAUAAUUUUCUUAAAUUCGUUACGAUAAUUUGGACAUGCCAAAUGGCGACUAGUAAAGCUGAAAAAAUCCGCACUACUCUUCACGAUGCCCUUAGCGAGGCGACCGAUUUGUCGGUGAAACGCGAGCUGGAGCUUUUCUCGCUGCAAUUACUACACUGCGACACUGCGUUUUCAACGAAAAUGUUCGAUAUGAACGCGUCGCUUCUUGCACAGGUCGUGAGAGGUAGCACCGUAUACAGUUUGAUACUGUUCCAAUUCUUAUUGCACUCGUUAGUAUGCGAGGCCAUGGAAGAGUAAACUAUAAGAAAUAUUUACAAUGUUACGUGAUUCUGCGUGGCGCAUGUAUUUCUUAUCGAUUCUUUAGGAAGUCUAGCGAAAAGCACCGCUUGAUGUGUCCAUGCGCAAAUACCUGUAACACUUUUUGGCCACUUUUUCUUUGGCUUAUAUAUAAAUCUGUAGCAGUUUUAUUGUACGUUACCAUGAAAUCAGGUACGAGAUUACGGGAUGCCAGUUUAUGGGAUGAUCUAAUACACUGAACGAGACUCAGGAAAUCGUCAUGCAUAAUCACCGUGCAGAAAAAACAUUUUGGUUACACUGAAGUGGUCCCAACGUAUUUCGUUUUAAAUCUUACAAGUAUUUUCAUAGCUAUUAAAUAUUAAAAAUUACAAAUUUUCAGGACUAUUUGUAUGGGGUUAGGAAUUUGUAUGGGACUAGGAAAAAAUAUUUGAUACUUUUUAGUCCGUCUUAAAAACGUGGAAUAUUAAAAUUUUUUUUUUUAUUUGAAUACAAUAAUUAUUUUCUGCUUUUGAGUCUUGUGUGUGUGAAAUUUUUCAACGGAUUGUAAACAUUUUGACGAGAUUAUGACAGAAACAUGUGGUAAAUUUCAAGUUUGUUUCAGUUUGUUCCGUACGGAACAUUGCACUGUUAUCCAGUUCUGACCUAUGUAUAAAAUUUCAAGUUUCUAGCUCAUCGGGAAGUUAGUUUAAAAUCAGUUGUAAAAUUUGUUCCGAAUAGACAAACAGACAGACAAGAAUGCGAGUUAAUAAAGAUGCGGUAAUAAAUAGUAAACACAGUGAAUUCUUUCAGAACUUUGAUUUAUUCCUUAGCACAGAACGUUUUAGAGUUCGUAUCCAAAGUGGAGAAAAAAUCCAUAAGGGCACGACAGAAAGUCUGUUAUCCGCUAAAAACUAGAACUAUCAAAGCAGUCAUAUGACUGGCUCCAAUAUUUUUAUUUUAAAUUCUAAAUUUUAUCGAGGUAUUUUUGUUAAAAUGUA